AUUAGAAAAUCCUAGAACUGUGUUUUUAUCUUCAAUUAUGAAGUAUCUCUAUCCAAAGCAAUUAUCAGUGGGAAAAAAACCUCAAGUCAGACCCAAGGCCUUCAAGUUUGGAAUACUUGUGACUGCAGAAUCAAUUGUAAGAGAAUUAGAAGACUGA